CAUCUGCACUACUACUAGCAGUUGGAAGACACACACACACACACACACACACACACACACACACACACACACACACACACACACACACACACACACACACACACACACACACACACACACACACACACACACACACACACACACACACACACACACACACACACACACACACAGGUCGUGUGUUUACUUCUCUCUCUCUUCUCUACUUCUAAGUGAAGACAGCGACAUCAUUAUCCUUCUAUCGUCCUCCCAGGCGAGAUGUCCAAACGAAGUGGGAGAUUAGUCCGAUGUUUGUGGUUCUUUGUGGCCGUGGCAGCUCUCUUUUUCCUGGGCUUCACCGCAGGCUGGUUUGCAAAGCCCACACCUGCAGGCCACACAGACCCGGCCUCCGGAGAAUAUUUGCAGGAGUUCCUGGAAGAAAUGCAGCCCAGCCAAAUAAGAGAGCAUCUCAGGAAAUUUACACGCCUCCCCCACCUGUCCGGCACGGAGCAGAACCUGAAGUAUGCGGAACAGAUCCAGAGCGAGUGGCGGGACUUCGGCUUGGACUCGGUGGAGAUGGUGCCGUACGACGUCCUGCUGUCUUACCCCAACGCGUCGCAGCCCAACUACAUCGCCGUCGUGGACGCAGAAGGUCGCGAGGUUUUCAACACAUCCCUGGCUGAGCCCGUCCCCGAGGGCUACGAAGACGUCGGCAACAUUGUGCCGCCGUACAGCGCCUUCUCCGCUCCAGGACAACCCCAGGGGGACUUGGUGUACGUCAACUACGGCCGCACUGAGGACUUCUUCCAGCUGCAGAGGCAGAUGGGAAUCAACGUGACGGGAAAUAUCGUCAUCGUCCGAUACGGGAAGAUAUUCCGAGGCAAUAAGGUGAAGAAUGCCAUAUCGGCCGGUGCAAAAGGAAUCAUUUUGUUCUCUGACCCGGCAGACUACAGCGCUGCAGGAGUCCAGCCCUUCCCUGAAGGUUGGAACCUCCCAGGCGGUGGAGCUCAAAGAGGAAACGUCAUGAACAUGAACGGAGCAGGAGACCCGCUCACCCCUGGUUACCCAGCUAAAGAAUAUAUCUACAGAUCCCGACUUGAGGAUGGAGUUGGACUUCCCAGCAUUCCUGUGCAUCCCAUUGGCUACCAUGAUGCAUUUCACCUCCUCAAGAACAUGGGAGGACCGGUUCCGCCAGAAAACUGGAAAGGAGCCUUAAACGUCUCCUACCGGAUCGGCCCAGGUUUUACGGAGGAUUUCAACAACCAGUCAGUGCGCAUGAAGAUCUACACCAACAAUCAGGUGACCAGGAUCUACAACGUCAUUGGAAGGAUCCCAGGGGCCCUGGAGCCAGACCGCUACGUGAUUCUUGGGGGCCACCGGGACGCCUGGGUCUUUGGCGGCAUCGACCCCAUGUCUGGAGCCGCCGUGGUCCACGAGACCGUCCGCAGUGCCGGCAAGCUGCUCAGCAAAGGCUGGAGGCCCAGGAGAACAAUAAUAUUUGCCAGCUGGGACGCCGAGGAAUUUGGACUGCAGGGCUCCACUGAGUGGGCCGAGGACCACGCCAAGCUGCUGCAGGAGAGAGCCGUGGCCUACAUCAACGCUGACUCUGCCAUCGAGGGGAUGUACACGCUGAGGGUGGACUGUAGCCCGUCUUUGCACACGCUGGUGUACCAGCUGACCAAGCAGAUCCUCAGUCCUGAGCAAGGCGAGGAAGGACUUUCUCUCUACGACAGUUGGCACAAGAAGGACAACUGGACGGGCGACCGGGACGCCCCCAGGAUCAACAAACUUGGAUCAGGCAGCGACUUUGAGGCUUACUUUGUCCGUCUGGGAAUUGCAGCUGCCAGGGCUCGGUACACCAAGGACUGGAAAAGCGAGCGCUUCAGCAGCUACCCGGUCUACCACACGGUGUACGAGACCUUCGAGCUGGUGGAGAAGUUCUACGACCCCACCUUCAGGAGACUGAGGACUGUGGCCCAGGUGAGAGGAGGUCUGCUGCUCCUGCUGGCAGACUCCCAGCUCCUCCCCCUGGAUGCCCAGCAGUACGCCCUGGCACUGGACAAGUACUCACGCAGCAUCGCCAACUUGGCACGCCGCCACCUGCCCGCCAUGCAGGAGCACCAGGUGUCCUUUGACUCCUUGUCCUCUGCAGUGGACAACUUCACCCUGGCUGCCACACACUUCCACCAGCGACUACUCAACCUCAACACUCACAAUGCUCUGCAGGUGCGUCUGAUGAACGAUCAGCUGAUGUACCUGGAGAGGACCUUCAUCGACCCCCUGGGGUUACCUGGCAGACCUUUCUACAGGCACGUGAUUUUCGCUCCCAGCAGCCACAACAAAUACGCGGGCGAGUCUUUCCCCGGGAUUUACGACGCCUUGUUCGACAUCGAGCACGCGGCGGACCCGGCCACGGCGUGGCGGGAAGUCAAGCGCCAAAUCAGCAUAGCGGCGUUCACGGUCGACGCCGCCGCCGCGACACUUAUGCCGCCGGCAUGAAGGAAACAGGAGCUAAGGUGAUAAUUAGCAUAUUUUGAUUGACAUGUCGAUUGUUUGCUAAAUGAAACGUAGAAUUAACAUGAAAGUUUUGUACGCCGAUGGCGAUGUUGACACCGACUCAAUGUUUUACUUGUUUUUAGGCUCCUCCCACUAUUGCUUUAAUCCUUCCAUUUCUGAACAUGAUCUCAAAUAAAUACAAAAAUAGGUCAUUUAUAAACAAUACAUUUUUUUAAACUUGUGAUUAAUUUGAUCAUUUUAAUGAAUGAGGUUUAUAUUUGUUACCUGACAAAACUGAUCAAUUCUAAAUGGAAGAACAAUUUAAUUUGCUCAAAACGCUGGUAAAUUAUUUCAGAAAAAAAUUAAAUUUCAUUUUUUUAACCUAUUUAGUCAUUUUAAUUGGGUUUAUAUUUGCUACAUUUAGACACAAAACGUGCCAUCAUUUAUAAAUAAAAUGAAAAAACAUUUAAACGUGGCCACAUUUGAAAUUAUUUUUUUAUACUUUUUUAAAAUACAUUUAUUUUGAUGCAUGUAUCGAACUAAACUGAGUAAAUGGGAAAUAAAUUGUGCAAUUUUAACAUAACAUAAAAUGUGUAACUUAACUACGUCCGGGAUUCAAACCUAGAACCACUGCUUUUCAAGACAAACUACUGCCGGGCACCAGUGGGAAUUUUAUAUUUUUAUCUGUGACGGAGCAGGAAGGAGCUUGGAAUGUUUGCUAUGACGCGCCCUGACAUUCAUUUGUAUUUUACAGUCAGCAAUAUUUCUGCCCAACUUUAUUCAGGCACAAAAAAAAAUCAGUUUGUAUCUAAAAUUAAAACUGCUUAAUCACAGCUGCUCUCCCCAUUACAGUUUUUCCCAAAUUGUUUUUUUUUUAUACUUUUGUAAUCAAAUUUCAAUUUAAUUUCAUGUAUGUGAAGUACUAAAAAAGGGAAAUACAAUUGUGCAAUUUUUUUAUGCACCAGUGAGAGUUUAUGUUUUUAUCAGUGACGGAGCAGGAAGGGGCUUGGAAUGUUUGUGGU